UUUAACUACACUACACUACACUGCUAGAAACAAUGGCGUUGUUCAAUAUGAAAGUUAGCUAUGCGGCAUUCGUUCUGUACUUGCUAGCUUCUCAAGCAGUGAUUUUUGACAAGGCAAACGCCGCCGGCGGCGGCCAGGGAGGCUGCGGUAACAUACCGGCGGCAAGCCUAGCACCUUGCCUUGGGGCUGCUAAGGAUGCAAGGGCUAAGGUCCCGCCGGCAUGCUGCGGCAAAGUCGGAGCGCUGCUGAAGACCGCCCCCAAGUGCCUCUGCGCCGUGCUGUUGUCUCCGUUGGCCAUCAAAGCCGGCGUCAACCCGGCGGUCGCCGUCACCAUUCCCAAGAGAUGCAUCAUCAAGAACCGGCCAGCUGGGAAGAAAUGUGGGCGAUACACCAUUCCUUGAGAAGACAUCGUCACCGGACAUUACGUGCAACUUGCAAGACUACAUUAAUAUAAAAUUAAAUUUGUAUGCCUAGAUUACUAUAUAUAAAAAUAAUAAAUUAGCUAUUGUAUCAUCAACUCUGGUGGUACGAGAUUGUAUUGUGGUGUCAUCAAGCUGCUACGUUUUCAUGCUUUAUGGGAGAUGAUGGUUUCAUGGUUUUAUAUUGAUUUUGUUUUGAGAGUAUGGUUUUAUAUUUAUAGAUAAUGGAAA